AUGGCUUUCACUCAACGUCUUGCGAUUCAUUUUCGUGAUAUACAAACGAAUCCACCUCCAUUAUGUUAUGCAGAACCUGAAGAUCCCGGUAAAAGCAUGAUUCAUUGGAUUGGUUGGAUCGAAGGACCACAAGACACCCCAUAUGCUGGUGGCAAAUUUCGCUUGAUUAUCGACUUUCCUGCAGACUUUCCAUUCAAACCACCUGUGAUUCAUUUUAUCACACCAGUCUUUCAUCCAAAUAUCAGUGUAAAAGGUGAUAUCUGUUUGGACAUACUUCAUUCACAAUGGUCUCCUGCAUUAACUAUACGUGGUCUUUUGAUAUCAUUAUGUUCAUUGUUAACAGAUCCAAAUCCAGAACAUGGACUUAAUAAAGACGCACUCAGACUCUAUCGCACAGACCAGGAUAGAUACAAUGAAACUGCAAGAGAAUGGACAAAGAAAUAUGCAAUGGAGAAUAGUGAUUAA